AUGCCUUUGAAGACGAUUAAUACAACACUUGUUUGGCAAGAUUAUAUAUCAAUGGCAAUGGCAAUAACCUUAAAUUCAAAACCCCGGUUCAAAGAGAGACAAAGCAGAUCCUUUAGAUCUUUACAGCCCGCUAAAGGAGAAAAGGAAAACAAAAGCUUUGCAAAAGGACAAGAGAGCCUUGUCACAUCCAUGGAUAGAUUUCAAAAACUAGAUGUGGGGGAACUAAGGAAAAGAUUGCCUAUCUCACAAAGAAUUGAGAAUUAUGAGCACAAAAGCUCGGCGGCUAAACACGAAACGAUCAAAUGCGAGGAGCCAAAGACUUUAGAGCCCAUAGACGAGCUAUCUCCAGAAAACAUUGAUAUGCUCAAGGGUGUACUAGGAGAAGAUGGCCAGCUCACAGAAUCUGAUGUUCAAGAAUUGUUGCUCAGCUUUACCCACACAAGUGGCAAGAUUGAACACUUGCUGAAAAAUUCAAGCAACAAAGACUCUCCGCUCCCCAAUAGCAGCUUAAGCUCUCUAAGAGAAACCUUGAAGAGUCGUUGGGCAGAUGCAUUACUGUCGGUUAUUGAUAAACUGGAUAGACUGCAGGCCAAAUCAUUCGAGUGCUUCUGGAAGUCAAUUUUGUAUUUCAAUUUUUGGUUCCCUCAGUGGGCCUCCAUUAUCAGGUAUGUUACUCCCAGUAUCAUUUCCCUUUCCUAUCGAAUAACAUUACUAACUUUCAAACUAUUUGAGGCCCAACCUAUGAGAUUUUGA